AUGAAAGAGAGCUAUUGUGGCUACGAGAACCAGCUCUUCAAAGAAGAAGACCUCACUGGAGAGGAGGAGGAGAUGCCUCCAUUUAGGGGAAGAACACGAGGGGGGUGCAUGAAAUGCCAGCAGACCCAUUCUCUCCAGCUGGCUGUCAAAGUCCUCUACGGCUUCUUUGCUUUCCUUAUCAUUGCGGUGGCGGUCUUGGCAUCCCUGGUUUUUAAGAAAGUUGAUAACCUGUCUGAAGAGGAGUCAUUUUAUCACAAAAAGAUUUCCAAAGUACAGGAGAGUAUACAAGAUCUCAGCUCUACAAACAACUGUUCUGAUUCCUAUGAUGUUGCCCAUUUUCGAGAAGAAAUCAGCAGACUCAAGAGAGAUUUUGAGGACAUGCAGAAGAUGGUGCUACGCCAAGAACAGCUAUUAGAUCAUUCCUCAAAAUCUCAGCAGGGUCUAACACAGUCUAGUAAUCGGAUGAUGCGAGAUGUACAGACAUACGCUAUGAACAUGAAGAGGAUUAACCAGUCCCUCGAACAAUACCAGCAGCAAGUGAAUGGUUGGCAGGCUGUCAUCAAUGAGACCGAUAUGGGCAUGAAGACCCUUGUCCAAGAUCAGUAUGAUCUGAAGGCAACAGUGCAGCAAGUCAAUACUACCGUUGCGCUCAGUGCCUUGUGGAUUGACGCUCUCCAAAGAAAGGCGCAGGAGGAAACUCUUGUGCUGCAAAAAAUCACCACUGACUGGCAGAAUUACAGCAGGGCUCUAAGUGCACUCAAAUCCAACUCCAGCACCACCAUUCAAACCGUAAGGGGCAUCCAGAGUGGUAUCUCUGCCACUAACCAACGAAUCAGCAUGAGCUUGGAGAUGGUACAUGACCUUACUCUGCAAGUCAUGAACCUACAAAUGCAACUGGACAAUGUCUCUUCCUUCAUUGAUGAACACGAGGAAAAUAUGCAUGACCACCAGUACCACUCCAAGUACUAUGAGAACAGGACACGGGAAAGGUUUGUGACCUUAGAUGCAAGAAUGGAUUCCAUUGAGAUGGAGAUUAACACCAUCUCCUCAAGCAUUAAUGCAACCGUCAGCCAUGUGCAGAGUAUGUAUAAGUACAUCAAUAUCGAGAGUUCUUCAUGCCAGACCAGGCUCAGCAGUCACACAGAAGACCUGCAAAACCUGAACAACACUGUCUUGCUUCUGCUGCACCUUGCUGACACCCUGAGGACACAGUACAUGUUACUAAGUGUGCGUCUGGAUAUGGAUGUUAGGAACCUCUCCAUGGUAAUGGAGGAAAUGAAACUUGUGGACACCAGACACUCCCAGCUCAUACAGAACUUCACUAUUUUGAAAGGUAUACCUGGUCCACCAGGUCCAAAGGGUAACAGGGGUGAGUCAGGACCAAGAGGACCAAUUGGUCUUACAGGGAGUAAAGGAGACAGGGGCCUACAAGGAAACCGUGGACCCCAAGGGCCCAAAGGCUUCAUUGGACCAAAAGGAGCUCAAGGGGAGCCUGGACCUUCUGGGAGCAAAGGAAGCCUUGGACUCAAGGGUGCCAAAGGGUCUAUGGGACAACCAGGAUCUCGAGGUGAAAAGGGACAAAAAGGUGACAUGGGAACCAUUGGAAAGGAUGGACUUCCUGGCCCGAGGGGACCACCGGGAAUCCAAGGACCAGCAGGCCUUCCUGGGCUGCAUGGACUGCCAGGACCUAGAGGAAAGCCAGGUCCUGCUGGGCCACCUGGGCCCCCUGGCACACCAGGUCCACCAGGUGAGCCUGCCACAAGGUCUUGA